AUGAGCGCGAGCGGCCCGGCGGCUCCCGGGGACGGCCCGGCGCUGCCGCCGCCGCCGCCCGGGCCGGGCCCGGGGCCCGCACCGCCCACACCUGCCGCUGCCACCGCCCGGGACGCCAUGGACGGGCGCGCCGAGCUGCCCGCCUUCCCCCGGGCCGGACCCCCGCCGCUCGCCGCCAGCGACACAGUGCCCGCGGCGCCCGAAGGGCCCGGGGCGGUUCGCCCUGGCCCGCCGCCGCGCCCCACCUCCUUCUCGGUGCUGGACAUUCUGGACCCCCACAAGUUUAACAGCAGAAGACGCCGCUGUGUGCUUCUGGGCCCGGUGGCGCCCUCCGCAUGCACCCCGUGCGCCUCGGCCCCGUGCGCUCCGGCCCCAUGCGCUCCGGUCCCCGCCGCCCCGGGACGCCCGCCGCGCGCGGAGGAGCUGGAGCGCCGCGCCCUCGCCGCCGCCGGAGGAGCUGGAGCCGCCACCGGAGCUGAGCCGCCGCACGCCGGCGACCCCUGCAAGGCGGACGAGGCCGAGGCCAGCGGCUACAGCAGCGGCGGCGGCGGCCGCAGCCCGAGCGCGGACAGCGGGGACGAGGCGCCCGACGACGACGACGACGACGACGAGGCGCCCGACGCGGGGACUGCGCGCCGCGCGGAGGAGGCGCGGGGAGGCAGCGGCGGCCUCGCGGCCCGCGGGUCGGGCUGCCCGGGCGCGGCCGAGACGGAGGCGCCCCCCGGCGCGGUGGACGAGGCUGCAGCGCCCGGCCCCCGCGGGAACUCGCCCGGAGCCCCUGUCCCGCCUGGGGCCUCCGCGGCAGCGCCGGGGAGCGCGGGCACGACCCCGCAGGGCGCGGCCGCGGCCGCGGCGACGAAGCCAAAGCGGAAGCGCACGGGCUCGGACUCCAAGUCCGGGAAGCCGCGGCGCGCGCGCACCGCCUUCACCUACGAGCAGCUCGUGGCUCUGGAGAACAAGUUCAAGGCGACGCGCUACCUGUCUGUGUGCGAGCGCCUCAACCUGGCGUUGUCGCUAAGCCUCACCGAGACGCAGGUGAAGAUCUGGUUCCAGAACCGCCGCACCAAGUGGAAGAAGCAGAACCCUGGCGCCGACACGAGCGCGCCAACCGGCGGCGGCGGGGCCGCAGGGCCGGGUGCGGGGCCCGGAGCGGGUCUUCCCGGCGGCCUCAGCCCGCUCAGCCCGUCGCCGCCCAUGGGCGCGCCGCUCGCCAUGCAUGGCCCCGCCGGGUACCCGGCGCACGGCCCCGGCGGCCUGGUGUGCGCCGCGCAGCUACCCUUCCUGUCGAGCCCGGCGGUGCUGUCGCCCUUCGUGCUGGGCUCGCAGACCUACGGCGCGCCCGCCUUCUACGCGCCGCACCUCUGA